AUGGCAUGCGUAUGCGAGGCUUCGCGAUACGUCCUCUACCUGACUGCUCAGCACCCAGUGUUCCCUCCUGACGUCCAUCUCGCGGACGUGACGCAUGUUGUGUUGGCCUUCAUGAAAUCCUCUUCCUUCAUCGGAAACAGUCCCUCAACCUGGGAACCUUUCACAUCUGUCGAGAGUGUCCGCGCCAAGUUUCCAAAAAACAAGAAAGUUAAUGUCAUGAUAGCAAUUGGUGGAUGGGGCGAUACCAAUGGCUUCUCGGCGGCCGCAGCCUCGCAGAUGGGCAGGAAAGCCUUUGCCGAGAACGUAAAGGCUAUGCUUGAUUUCACCAAUGCAGAUGGCGUUGAUCUUGAUUGGGAGUAUCCUGGCGGCAACGGUGAGGACUACAAGCAAAUCACAAACUCCGAAAAGAGCUGGGAGGUUGAGGCGUAUCCGAAGCUGCUCGCCGAGAUCCGAACUGCCAUCGGACCCGACAAAAUCAUGUCUGCAGCAGUCCCGUAA